GGCACCCUUGGUCAAAACCCAAAAACUCCUCUCGGUACGGUACAGUACAGCACCGUACGGAAAGGCACUUUUGCGCACGUAAAAUCUUUCCCGCCGAGUCAAAUCUUCGGUCCGGAUUCAAUUAGAAGUAUUGUACUGUACUAUGGAACGGUACGUACGAGUACCAAACGCACCUCUUGCGCGCGAGAUUCAAAACGCCAAAAAGAAGUAUCAUACGGUACGGUACGAAUGCUACGGUGGGUCCCGAUUGCGUGCGUUUCGUAAAGUACCGUACUAUGUGCAAUGCUUGUCUUCCUCCCAUCCUGUCGAGCCUGCCCAAUUUUGAAUAUGGUCCCGCUCUCCGAUUCUGUAGUCCGUACGGUACUCGUACUCUAGAGACCAGUACUGUACGUACGUACUUUACGUACUCUAUGCGUACCUGGUAUGGUACUUGGGUCCUGUGUUUACAAAUUUACAGUACAAACUGGUACUCGUACCUCAUUCAGUAUGUCUGAGACUCAUACCGGUACUACGUUUUCAUCGCAACCCAAACUACGAGCACCCGUUUUGUUUGGACAAAACAACGAAUGACAAACACCAUACCAAAUACUAAGUACUUGUAGUAGUGCGAGUACUUGACCAAACACCACAGCACACCACACCACACCACGCUACACAAACAAACCUUUGCUCAGCCCGGCCAGCACCCGAGAGCCAAUCAUCGCAGCGUUGGAGCAGACCAAUCGACGAAACGAGAUCGCGGCGCAUGUACGUUUGCGUUCCUUUCGUUGUUCCUACAGUCCCCACACGGAUUCCCUGGUUGGAAGACCCACCAAAACUCGCGAGGACUGCUGCGGACCGAUUCGAGCCGAAACAAUACCGGGAUCGGCACAACGCAACGGCGACACGACGCGAUCCCCAAGCAAAGCAAAGCAAAGCAAAACAAAAGAAAGCAAAACAAAACACCCCAAGAAAGGACCCCCGCCGAUGCAGAUACAGCCGCAGACCUCGCCGGGCUACCGGAGGCGGAGGCACGGCCGCCCCGGUUUCUUUGCCGGAAGAGGGGGCACGCCGCGCUCUUUCUCUUUCUCGGUGCUCGUCUUCGCCCUGGGCGUUGUCUCGGUGGUGGCCCUCCUUGCCCUUUUGCGCCACCACCACGGUGCUUCCCGACAAGGGGCCCCUCCAAGGUCCUCCUUCCGCAAGGCGGCCGAAAAAGGGAGGAUCAAGGGGCGCCGAGGCCCUUCCCUUGUGUCGCCGCCGCUUCCGCCGCUUUCUUCUUCCUUCGACUGGUCCGACGUCCGGGCCUCGCAAAAGGUCGAGGGCAACUGCGGGGCCGACAAGUGCUUCUGGCGGUCCGUCUCCGACCCGGAGAACGUCGGCUACCUGGUGGCCUCGGCGGGGUACCACUACGAGCGAAUGGCCAGGGCCUACGACUUUGCCACCGCCACCCUCGAAAAGGCGUGCCACGCCAGGCACCUCUACCUCUCCGAGCCCCUCAAGGUGGGGGCGACGAAGGAGUUCCUCCGGGAACUCAACGGCCUCCGGAAGAACCCCUACUUUGCCUACGUGGACGAGGUCGCCCCGAAGGGAACCAAGCCCAAGUCGGACCGCCUCGUCUUUGACGAGAACGAUCCCCACCUGGUCGUCCAGAAGGUCAAGGUGGCGCCCCCGUCCAGCCUGGCCUUUGGGUACCUGGCCCGCAAGUGGGACCUGCUGGUCACCAGGGACCUGCCCGCCUUUCGGACCCACCUGGUGUCGCUGGGCAUCGAUCCCAGGAGCCUCGAGGCCAAGCUCGACGAGGAGCGGCGCAAGAUCGAGUGCGCCAUGGACCACAGCCCGACCUACUGGUACGACCUGCAGGGCCUGAUCGACGAAGGGGGGAACUACCACCACACGGACGUCGAUUCGCAGUUCUGGGUCGAGGUGGGGGACCCCAGCGACGAGGACCUGGACCUGAACGACCGGGACGAGAACGAGGAGGGCGUGAGGAUCGUCGACGCCAAGGAAACCUAUGGCAUGCGGCACGAGCUGAUCGCCAGGUUCAACGAAAUGAUCCAGCGCCUGGUCGAUCCCCCCCCGGAGGGAGUGGACGAGCUCCCGGCCUGGGACGACGACAGCGAAAGCGAAAGCAACAGCGAAAGCGACCUUGGCAAUGACCACGACAGCGGUGAAGCAUAGGCCACCAGCGUCACCGACUCCAGAAUUUUCUGUAAUCAAGCGAAAGAAAGGAAUGGCGCCGAUGCCCACAAGGAGGGCAUGCGUGGAUUGUGCGAAGCGAACGACAAUUGUUCAUCGGUGCCAGCUCUCGUUGUUUGAAAUUCUUGUUGUCGUGGUGCACCCAGGCAGGAUUUGUUCCCAUUCGUGGCACACCACAAACCGCAUCGACUUGGUCCUCGAAACCAUCGAACACUUCAAAAACAACUAGCAUAGAACUCGGAUUCGCAAGGAUCCGUUGUUUCAGACCAAUGAGAAUGUGGUUAUUUUUGUUUCCUUGUGGUUCAAUCGAGGUGAAGGACUCGGUGCGACACUAAAACCAAAACUGUCCUUGCAAGUAGCAGCACCAAGGAAGACAAGAAGCACGUCAACAAAGAAGAACAAGAAGGAAGCAUCGGCAGCAGCGAGUGAAGAAAGGAACAACAACAGCAGAAGCAGACGGAGACGCAACUCUAGGUCAUGGCAUAGGUGGAAGUACUCGUACUCGUACCCUUACCUCAUCAGGUGGUACAUGCCGUACUCACGUACCUUUUACUACUAGUAGUAAUUUACUGUACUUCGUAAACAUCAAACCGAGGUGAUCGUGAUCGUGAUCGUAUUCUAUUCUAUCUACUUCUUCUAGAUAUCAAGCAUAUGAUAAUAUUGUGGACGGAUGGAGCAUGUGCCACCAAAAACUUCCAGACGAGAAGAUAUGGAACUCGCUUCAACUCAACAAGCAAGAAUCAUCAGGAGAGCCCCCGAUCGUGCGUUUUUUAAUAUACUCACGGGAUUGGCUGUUGAAAGAGACCAUACGCGCCGGCGCUCCGGGAAACUCCAGCCAGAGGAACACUUUUUUGUUUUUGGGGCAUAGGAAAUUGUGUCUUUGGGGGAAGGCCGACGUCAGGAUUAAUUAACUUUUAACUCGCCGAUAAUAAAUGUUUAUUAAUCAA